AUGGCUUCAGCCUGUGCUCAGGUCCAAGUUCAAGUCCAAGUCCAGGUCCAAGAGCACAUUAAGAGCGAAAAACUCGCAAAUACGCAAAGGAAGCACAGCCAGCACCCUGCACGGAGCGUUAACUUUCUGUACAGGGACGGGGAAGCCGGAUUGGAUUGGCAGGGCGGCAGGGGAGCUUGGGCGCCGCUGUAA